GGCGGGGCCGGACCUCGGAGCCGGGGCUCGCGGGCGGCCGGCGGGGGCGUCACUGUGCGGCGGGCCGGUGAGGCCGCGGCAUGGGGCGAGUGCAGCUCUUCGAGAUCAGCCUGAGCCACGGCCGCGUUGUCUACAGCCCCGGGGAGCCGCUGGCUGGGACCGUGCGCGUGCGCCUGGGGGCGCCGCUGCCGUUCCGAGCCAUCCGGGUGACAUGCACGGGUUCCUGCGGGGUCUCCAACAAGGCUAACGACGCAGCGUGGGUAGCGGAGGAGGACUACUUCAACAGUUCCCUGUCGCUGGCGGACAAGGGCCUCCGGAGGCCUGUCCCCACCGCCCCCCACCUCCCUCCUGUCUCUGCAGGGAGUCUGCCCGCUGGUGAGCACAGCUUCCCCUUCCAGUUCCUGCUUCCUGCCACAGCACCCACGUCCUUUGAGGGUCCUUUUGGGAAGAUCGUGCACCAGGUGAGGGCCGCCAUCCACACGCCACGGUUUUCCAAGGAUCACAAGUGCAGCCUCGUGUUCUAUAUCUUGAGCCCCCUGAAUCUGAACAGCAUCCCAGACAUUGAGGGAUCCAGCCUGCCCACACCUGCUAAGCCUCUCCCUGGCCCUCCCCCAAAGCAACCCAAUGUGGCCUCUGCCACCAAGAAGUUCUCCUACAAGCUGGUGAAGACGGGCAGCGUGGUCCUCACAGCCAGCACUGAUCUCCGCGGCUAUGUGGUGGGGCAGGCACUGCAGCUGCACGCCGACAUUGAGAACCAGUCAGGCAAGGACACCAGCCCUGUGGUGGCCAGUCUGCUGCAGAAAGUGUCCUAUAAGGCCAAGCGCUGGAUCCACGACGUACGGACCAUUGCGGAGGUGGAGGGUGCGGGCGUCAAGGCCUGGCGGCGGGCACAGUGGCAUGAGCAGAUCCUGGUGCCUGCUUUGCCCCAGUCGGCCCUGCCAGGCUGCAGCCUCAUCCACAUCGACUACUACUUACAGGUCUCUCUGAAGGCACCGGAAGCUACUGUGACCCUCCCGGUCUUCAUUGGCAAUAUUGCUGUGAACCAUGCCCCACUGAGCCCCCGGCCAGGUCCAGGGCUGCCUCCCUGGGCCCCACCCCUGGUGGUGCCUUCUGCACCACCCCAGGAGGAGGCCGAGGCUGCGGCUGGCGGCCCCCACUUCUUGGACCCGGUCUCCCUCUCCACCAAGAGCCAUUCGCAGCAGCAGCCCCUGCUGGCCACCUUGGGUUCUGUGCCUGGUGCCCCCGAGCCCUGUCCUCAGGAUGGCAGCCCUGCCUCAUAUCCGCUUCGGCCUCCCUUGUGCAUUUCAACAGGUGCCACUGUCCCCUACUUUGCAGAGGGCUCUGGGGGACCAGUGCCUACCACCAGCACCUUGAUUCUUCCUCCAGAGUACAGCUCUUGGGGCUACCCCUAUGGUGAGUCAAGGGCCAGGGCUUGGCAGGGAGGGGACGCCAGGAGCCCCAUGCAGACCCUGCUUUCUCCCUGCAGAGGCCCCACCGUCCUAUGAGCAGAGCUGCGGCGGCGUGGACCCCAGCCUGACCCCUGAGAGCUGACCCCGUGCUGCCUUCUCCAGGCAGGCCUGGCCUCUGCCCUGGGACUGGGGCGCCCAGGGCCUCGUGCCUUCUCUCUCGGCCUGGCCUGACCCACUCAGGACCUGCCCAGCCUCUGCCAGCUCCUCUGGCGUCCACCCUCUUCUCCCUGGGGCUGGGGUGGGGGUGGCAGGGAGCUGGGACCUGGAGAGACUCCUGUAAAUAAAACGCUGUAUUUGUAGA